AUGGAAGACAAAGACAGAGCACCUCCCGAUCCCGCAACCGCCGGAGAGUUCGUCGGCAACUCGAGCUGGUCUCUCAGCGUCGAUGAUUCCGAUGGAAGUCAUUUCUUCUCCGGCGAUAGAGAUGGAACCAUGUUCGGUGACAUCGGCUGGGAUCUUGUACCUGACAGAAUCGGAGCAAGCGAGGGAUCGUUGCCUCCGGUUCAAACCGGUUCGAUUGAACAAGCACCGACGUCGUCUUACAGGUCAAAUAAUCAAUCCGUUUCUUCAAGCUCCAGUGAGGAUCCACCGGAGAAAUCUACCGUCUCGGAAGAAAAACCGCCGGAAAUACCGAGUAAAAGUAAAAAGAAAGGGCAAAAGCGUAUACGGCAGCCGCGGUUUGCAUUUAUGACCAAGAGUGAAGUUGAUCAUCUCGAGGAUGGCUACAGAUGGCGAAAGUAUGGUCAGAAAGCAGUUAAAAAUAGCCCAUUUCCUAGAAGCUAUUAUAGAUGCACAAAUAGUAAAUGCACGGUGAAAAAAAGGGUUGAACGCUCUUGUGAGGAUCCAACUAUUGUUGUAACAACAUAUGAAGGCCAACACUGUCAUCACACAGUUGGAUUUCCUCGAGGUGGAAUCAUAAGUCAUGAAGCUUCCUUUACUGGCCAAUUUGCUCCAACAAUGCCUCAAUUCUAUUAUCCUAUUCAAAUACCUACAGAAUCAAACACUUGCACUACUACUGUUUCUCAGCCUAGCCAACCACAUAAUGAUCAUAAAGCUGGAAGAUUGAGUAGGGCUACAACGGCUGUGUCUGAUGCUUCGCCGCCACAGCAUCCGACUGAUGAAGGACUACUUGGAGACAUUGUACCCCGUGGAAUGCGCAGCAGGGAAGAGAGAAAUAUUUGA